AUGACCUUCUUAAAGCUCGGCUCCCUCUUCCUGUCCCUCUCCCUGCUCCUAAACCUGGCCGCCACCAGCUCCGCCGGACAAAGCGGCGGCGGCGCUAUCGCCGUCUACUGGGGCCAGAACCCUGGCGAGGGGAGGCUCUCCAAGGCCUGCCGCACCGGCAAUUACGACUUCGUUAACAUCGCCUUCCUCACCGCCUUCGGCGGCGGCCGCUCGCCGGUGCUCGACCUCUCCGGCCACUGCAACGCCUCCCGCGGCGGUUGCGCCGCCCUCUCCCGCGAUAUCCGCACCUGCCAGAAGCUCGGCGUGAAGGUCCUCCUCUCCCUCGGCGGCGGCGAUGCUGCCAGCCACUCCCUGGACUCCGCCGAGGACGCCCGGCAGGUGGCAGAGUACCUGUAUAACAACUUUCUCUUCGGGAAGGCCUUCUCCCGCCCCCUCGGCCGCGCCGCCCUCGACGGGGUCGACUUCUCCGUCGCUGGCGGCUCCACAAGGAAGGACCGCCUCCACUGGGAGGACCUCGCCGGAGGCCUCGCCAACUACAGCCGGGAAGGCCGCAAGGUCCUCCUCACCGCCGCCGCCGACUGCGAGUUCCGGGACAGGACCCUGAAGCGCGCCAUCGCCGCCGGCGUCUUUGACGCUGUCUGGGUCCGCUUCUUCGGCGGCGCCACCUGCCAGUACUCGCCGGAGAAUCUACUCCCCAUGAAGCUCUCAUGGGAGAGAUGGAACGCCAAGGCCAAGGCGGCGGCGCUGUUCGUCGGCCUCCCAGCCGCGGAGGAUGCCGCCGCCGGCGGCGGGUACGUGCCACCGGAGAACUUCACCGCGCAGGUUCUCCCCUUCGUCAGCGGCUACCCCAAGUACGGCGGCGUCAUGCUCUGGGACAGGUAUUACGACGCUGCCAACGGGUACAGCGCCCAGGUCAAAUGCGAGGUCAAGGACUGCGAAGUCAACACCGAUAUUUGA